CAUAUAGUUAAAGGUGUAAUGUCCUGAAAGUUCAGUCAUAGCUCCCCGAAGCCCCAAAUUAUCACUGUUCAGGUCCCCAUAUAACAGCAGCAGCGUCCGACCUCACACCACAUCACCAUGGCUGUUCUCCCUUGCCUUUUCGUGAUUCUCUCUCUCUCCCUUUCUGUCUCUGGAAGAUGCGGAGUAGCGCAGUCUCCGCAAGAAUCUAACCUGAUCCUUGAGUCGAGGAUAAUUGGCGGGACAGUGGCCCAUAAGGGCGCUUGGCCAUGGGCAGCGAGUCUGCGCAGUCGCGGCCAGCACUUCUGCGGAGCUUCCCUCGUCACCGCCACGCAUCUCCUGACGGCGGCGCACUGCGUGUCUCGCGUGGGACAGGCACGUCUGACGGUGGUUCUGGUAGUCGAGGGCGAGAUGGUUGAGCAGGACGUUUCGGAGAUCGUCCCCCAUCCAGAUUACAAAGGCCACCAACACGACAUCGCCCUGCUGAAGGUGAGGAAGCCUUUCUCGUCGACGCCUCUCUGCCUGUCCCUCUUCGUCCCCGAAGGCGCCUCGGCCAGCGUAGUCGGCUGGGGAAGGACGUCUCCUGAAGGUCCCCACAGCGAGGUCCUACGGCAGACGGAGGUGACGAUCCUGCCGGGCAGCCGCUGCAGGUCCGUGUACAGGCAGUUCUUCAGGAAGGGCAUGGUGUGCGCGGGAUCCGAAGGGCUAGGGCAGGACGCGUGCCAAGGGGAUUCGGGAGGACCUCUCAUGCUCUUCAUGGGCGGAGCUUGGGUCCAGGCGGGUAUCGUCAGCUUCGGGUAUGGGUGUGCUCGGCCGGAGUACCCGGGAGUGUACACGAGUAUUCCUGAGUACAUCCACUGGGUCAUUGAGGUGUUGCAAUCGGAGUGAUGUAAAUAUUCGCCAUAUAUCUAUAAAUAAAUACUAAAGGAAGUUUGUCUUUAUCGAAACUUAUUUUGUGUGGGUAGCGUUAUUCUUAUAUAUCUAUCAUCCAAAUAGAUGUUUCAAGACAUCUGUUAAGACGCAUGCUAUGAUGACCUCAUUCAGGCUAAUAUGUUUGGGAAUCACAAACAUUGCCGUAUGAUUCCAAAUCCUUCCUAAUCCGGGAUUUCGCCCCGCACUCCUGUUUGAGUGCCUGUCCCCAACAUUCAUUUCUGACGUGAUUCUUUGCCUGGUCAGACUUUUUCCCUCUUUUCAAGAACUUGUUGGAGUUUCCCUACCUUAUUGUGGUCACCGUAAGUUACCAAAGCAUUACUUGUUCCAAUAUUUUCAAAUUAACUUCUAACUUGGGAAGGAAAUGUCACAGAUGAAAAGUUUUGUAGUUCUAUCUUUUACAGGCAGAGUUCACCUUGUACCACACGAUUAUGUGAAACAUAACUAUUUCCACUAGAACACUACAGUGUGGAAUGGCCAGGAACCGAAAUCGUAAUAUCCAAUUCAAAAACUAAUCAGAAAACACCCAUUUUAAACACGACUGGUGCCGAGGCAGAAGCUAAGUACAAUGUCAUAGACAGGAAGUGACUAGGAAAGCCACUGCUGUCUCUGAGGGCAGGCAGGGUGCACGUUAUACUGUUUUUAGUCAAAGAAACGUGGUGUCUAGAAAUAUCUAAAAAAAGCUCCAGGGUAGGUUAUUGACGUGAUAUUGAACUAGAUGAAUAGUGUCAUAUCAGAGAAGGGUGACCAAUAAGCUAGUUCAAUAUCAUUUUUAUAAUAAAACAUUCCAUUCAGUCCCACUCUGUCUUUAUAAAAUAAAACCUUAGUAGUUCAAUUAGACUUCAAAAUGAUUACUUGCUGAAAGAAAGGCUGGGGAAAAGCAUAUAAAAAGAAAACUCAGUAAGGGCGUUAGUGUCUCUUACGGCAAUAGUCAGUGCUCCUUAGUAUAGAAAUGACUUUAUAUGGAAAGAGAUUGCAAUGCUUCAUUUUAAUGCUUCUUAUAUGUCAGAAAUUAAUAUUACUCUAGUUUGUAAGGAAUUUACAUAGUUUCUUCAUAAGGGAUAAUCAUCAUAUUGUUUCUUUUUUAUUUAAAUGAUAAGUUAUUUGCUAAUAGACAAUGGGCAUUGUUGCUUCAUUAUUAAUGGGAAAAGACGAUAUUGCUGUCUUCUAAUAAAUCAGGGGGCAGUGUACAUCGGUUAUGAUCAUCCGCUUCCAGGGUUUUGUUUGUUUAUUGCAAUGAAUUCGGGCUUUGCUGCUGUAUCAAUGUUCUUAGAUCACAUCUUCAUUAACAGUAAAUGGUAUAUUAUAUUUAUUUAUGUAGCUAUAAACUAAUUUUUUAUUAUUAUUUACAAUUUAAUCCAGACCUACGUUUAGAAGGUGCUUUGUUACACCCCAGAAAAUUCACUCUUUCCUCAGGGGUAAGUGUCACCUAUUUGAGAGCCACUGUAGUAAAUUAAUUUUAGUGACCAACCUACUUCUGCAUUACGCCACAUGCAUAGGAUGUAAACUAUGCGUCAUCCAAGUCACACAGUCAUUACCUAUUCUUUUGUGUUGCACUAAGACUGCAUCCAGUACAUCAAACAACUGGGUCCUGAGAGUAUCAGUUUUGAAGUCAGGCAUCGGUCUCACUUUAUCCUUCGUGCUCAAAAUAGGAUUUAACUGUCAAGAUAAAAGACAUCUUGCUUAGCACUUCAUUCAUAACAUGUGACUAAUAAGCAUCAUGAAUCAGUAAGCUCGUCCGAUUUGAGUAAAUGCUCAUAGUAAUCCCCGGCAUGUAGCAGCGUAGGGGAACACUCAUGCGUUUAUAAGGAAAGACUGGUUUCUCCUUUCAAGUAACUCAACAGAGCAGCACAGACAGCGAUUUGUAUAUAUUUUUUCUCUCUUUGGUGGUCUUUUUAAAGUAAUCUAAACUGCCUUAUGAAUAUCUAAAUUGAGAGUCAGAACAGUGUCCAGGCUUAUGCAAUAAGUUUACGUUCAUUUUCACUAUAACAAUGUUAUCCUCGGUUCCAAAACGUUAAGUUUUAUAUAAUAAUAAAUGUAAUAGUUUACAUAUAGAUGUGUAUUUCAGGCACUCUAUUUGCAUAUUAGUAAGUGGUAUUUUCUCCGCUGGACAGUAUUUUUUAAAAUCUUAAACUUGAUCACAUGUAAAAGGUAGGGUAUUAUCGAAGUGGAUAAAUAAAACGAUCAUUAUUAAAAAGAUAACUUUUAUUUGCACUUCCUCCCUGCUUGAGCUCUAUUUAUUGAGGUGUUCCAGAGCACAGGGUCAAGUACAAGAAAAUGGCUUUGUUAUUACUCCACCUUCCAAGUAUUUUUGUUUUAAAAACACUUGAGAUAAUUUACAGAACUUGGCACCUUACUUCCUCCGUAUAUUCCAACACAUGGGUGCGCGCAUACAUUUAUAUAUAUACCAUAGGGAGGGAAUUAUCCUCCCAUUCCUGUCGAGAUAUUCACAUAAUUAUAUAAAUUAACACGGGCGGAAAUGAUAGUAUUACAAAUAUGACUCCGUAUAUGGUACUAAAGAAACGAUCCUGAAACACAUCGUCACCUUUUCUAAAGCAGUGUUGCGCGACCUCUGCCGAUUGGAAGAGGAAGGGAAGAAGGAAUAACGGCCGAAGAAAGAAGGAAGAAGAGAAGGGAAGAGGAGUGUGUGGAAAGUCCCAAAAGAAAGGGUAGAUGCGAGAGACUGAAGGAAGAGAGAAGGGGAGGAGACAAGUGUGUGCUGAGCCAAAAUUCACUCAAAAAGGAAACCAACAGCCACAGUACCAGACUUCCCUGGAUGCAUGGCUCGGAGUGUACAAUGAUACACUAUACACUCUUCCUCCAACACACAGCGGGGCUUCAGUCACCUAGGCUCAGAAAAAAUACAUCACUCAUCCAUCUCCCUCUUAACUUCUUCCUCCUCCUCCUUCAUGUCUCUGUUCUACCUUCUCAUUUCUUUCUCUUUCUCUAUACACACUCUUCCCUCGUCAAAUUCUCUUCAGCAAUAAGUACCUCUCCUCUUCUUUCUCCUCCUUCCCUCCUACCGAAUGAAAAUGAGAAAAAAGGGGGUGGGUGGGAGGGGGCGCCACAUAUGGAUAAACUUUUUUUUUUUUUUUUCAUCUUUCUUUCAAUGUUAUUUCUCUCUCCUCAUACAGCCUAUGGUUGACGUAGGCGGUAAAUGGGAAGACGAAGUAUGAGGCGACAGCAGUGUGGUGGUUCCUUGAGCUAACUAUCACAUGAAUUUUUGUCACAGAUGAAGAAUUAGAAGCCCAAAUCAUAAUAAAAAGUAUAGUAGUACUAGCAAUGAUUUAAUACAAAAACCCAGGCCUUUAUCAUUGGUGUUUCGUUCGUUAUCGUUCGCAAGUUUAGUUAUGUGUGAAAAUUCAUCACUAAACAUCGAAGUAUUUUCAGUAACAGUCCGAGUUCAAUAAAAAAAAGGGAUGAAAAUGGCCUAUUAGGUUCCUUCUUUUCCAAGGGGAUGAUGGUUCUCAAAAGUCUAAUAUAUCUUUUCAACAUUUUAUUGAAAACAACCUGUAUGGCAAACAAGCCUGGCAUGAUAUUUUUCUUUUUUUUGAAAAUGAUGAUUCAAUGAACAAGUUUGUGAUAACAAUGUGUUUGAUAACUAUACGCUUCUAUAAUGACUUUGAUGAUGAAGAAUAUAAAACUUUUUCUUCAAAAUGAAGGGGGGGGGGGAGAAGUAAAAAAAUCGAGUAAAUAAUAAAUUGACAAAAAAUAUUUCAUUAAUAAAUUAAGGAAGAGAUUAUUAAUAAUACAUGUGUGAAAAAUAAUUACAACAAUUUCUUUCAAAAAGUAAUAGUAAUAGUAGUAGUAGUCCUGACUAACAUUUAAGGCUCUAAAAUAAUGAGAUUGUGGUCGCGUUGACAAAACAUGGACCAGCCUUUUAAUGUGGAGCCACCUCACUGCGCUGACGAUGAUGAUGAUGAUGAUGAUGGUGAGAUAAAAUGGUGAUGGUGGCGACUGGCGAGCGGAUGAUUCUGAUGGGGAUGGUGGUGAAUCUUGGUGAAAAGUGAUGGUGAUGAAGUGAUGAGGAAUGUAAUGGGGGGGAAGAGGGGGGGGGGGAGCGCACUCGCGAAACCCAACCGUUGCAUUGGACGAAGACUCGGGGCGCGAAAAAGAGGGAGUUUUUUCCCAAAGUUAUCUUUUUUUUUUUCCUCUCUCCUUUUUCAUCAUCCAACGAGUCUUUUUUUUUUUCUCCUUUCUUUCUUUCUCUCUCUCUCUAUCUCUCUAUCCAUAUACUUCUGAAUCCAACCUACCCCACUCCAUCUUUCCUCCUCCCUCUCUUUACCUUUCUCUCUUAACAAAAGCUCCUCUCUCUCUCUCUCACCUCCAAGACUGCCAUUCCUCAGUCACUGCACAAUGUAUAAAAAAGUUCGCCAUUGACCCCGCACCUCUCGAACCUUUUACAAGACCUUUAUAACAGAACUUAUGUAUAUGCGGUGUCAAGGUCCGAGAGCGCACAGUCGGCCUUACACACGCUGUCUCUUUCGGAAAGAUUUUCAAGAAGUGUCGUUUUGGCGAGGUCCUUAAAGAGACCUUUCGGCGCUCAAGUCCCUCGCCUCGUGAAUCAGCCUGUCUGAGAUAACAGAUUGGAGGAUCGAAAUGGAGAGAUGCGAGAGAUAAUAUAUAUAUAUAACUGAGGGGGAGGGGUAGGGAGAGGGGAAGGGGGGGGGGGGCGAGAGAAGAAGACUAAGAAGAAGAAAAAAUAGGCGAGACCAUACCAACAGCAACAGUUAACAUUCCCCCCCGAAAAAAUACUUUUUAAACAUUUUCUUUUUUUCCUUUGAAACACCUACUAGUCUUUUACCUUACUAAUUAAAAGGUACAACUACAGCUACCUUUGAAACAACAAGGUAGAAAACCAGUAAGAAGAGAAAAAAAAAGCCAAAAAAUUCAUGAAUAAUAAAACCAAAUAAACAUUCUAAAAAAAAUCACAGGGGGGGUUUUAAAGGG